CAGCAGGACCACAUCACGCGGCAAACCUGCUCAAAGAACCAGUAGAGUACGUCACCAUGUCCGACCGGGGCGCAUUCGAUACUAAUGUCGUUACCCUCACGAGAUUCGUGCAGGAGGAGGGAAGGAAGGCGAAGGGAACGGGAGAACUGACAACCCUCCUCAACUCUAUCUGCACGGCCGUCAAAGCUAUCUCCACUGCUGUCAGGAAAGCUGGGAUUGCCAACCUGUAAGUUUUUGUGCAUCCGAAAGUAGCUAGGUGUUUAUCCAAUUGUUCCCGUGUGGCUCAGUUGGUAGAGCAUGGCGCCUGCAAGGCAAUGGUUGUGGGUUUGAUUCACACAGGGGACCAGGACAGGGAAAAGUUCGGAAAUGUGUGCACUCACUACUGUAAAUCGCUCUGGAUAAGAGCGUAAAAUGGCGUCAGAUUUUCAUGCAAAUAUUCAAAAAUCCGCAUUAAGAACAAUGUUUAUUUUCCCACCAGAGAUGUGUUUCCAUCAAAUUGACAUGUUGCGGAUAAAAGUCGGUGCGUGAUGACAUGCACAUAAAAAAUACAUUUUGCUGUUGAAUUCUCAUGUAGGCUACCCAAUGAAAAAUAAAAGUUAAAUGGGUUUCCAUUGCAUUUUCAAUUCUACUGAUGGUUUUCUCACUAAUAUAUAUAUAUAUAUAGCUGAGUGUGCCCACUGGUAUUGGCACGUGCGCUCUAGCCAACAGCGCGCAUAUGAUGAUAUUAUAAUUAUUAGUAGUAGUAUGGACAAAAGAGCGAGAUGAUAAUGUUUUUGUCGAGCAUCGAUUAUCAUGCCGACACAAAAAGAUCCCACCUUGUCUGGUGUAUUUUGUUCUGUCGACCUUUGGAAAGUUUACUGGAAAAUGUACUGUUUCCAUCAGACCUGUCAUUGCAUUUUUUAGCCGCCAUGUAACGUACUUUACUUGCAUAAAAAUGUUGGAUGGAAACAUGAUUACUAACCACGUUUCCAUCCAACCAUUUCAUGCGGAUGAAUUUGCGUAAGUGACGCAUGAAACAAGUUAAGACCAGGCAGAUGGAAACAUUAAAUGCCGGUACAAUUUUAUAAAUGCAGAGAGACUAUUUGUUCGUUUGACAUGGUGGGAUGUUUUUGUGUAGGUUGCUACAAUUAAUUAUGGAAGAAAUGGCGGGGGAUACUCCUUAAUGUGCAAAUAUUUAUAUAAUAACCAUCAUAUCGAAAUACAUUUGGAGUCACGCGAUGAUAUGUUGUGAUCCUCCCACUACAACUCGAGAAAGCAUGCCGUUUUAUUACAUUUUAAGAUUAAAUCAAUUAUGAUUAACUUCACAGGGUGGUGAAUGUGCAAGGUGAUGAGCUUGAUGCUCCUUUCCGUCAAUGCUUGGCUGCUGUUUGAGAAAUAAAAAUAAUAUUGAUCUUAUCUAUAAUAAUCUCAUAAUUUAGGUAGCCUACCUGCACUGAAUCAGCGAGCUGUUGGUUAAAGCGCAUGUGCCAAGACCAGAGUGGGCACAUUUUCUAUAUAAUGCAACAGUUUUUGUGACAACCAUCAGAGUUUAAAAUGUGAUGGAAACCCAUUUAACUUGUAUUUUUCAUUUGGUACAUGGGAAUUUAAAGGCAAAGUUAUUUUAUGUGCAUUGUCAUUUUAAACACAGUCAGUUUGAAAAUGUGCAUGUUUUAUGCAGAUUUUUGAAUUCACAUAAAAAUCUGUCGCAAAUUGGAUGGAAAACUAGCUAGUGGUAUAGUCAGUCAGUGAAAGUUUUUGUCACAUCAUGUGUCACAUUUAUCAACUGAGCGCAGUAAGACGAUCCUGAUUGUCUGAUCAACAAAGUGAUGUUGUGGAUUCUUAUCCCCACUGUGCUAUAUGGUUACCACAAAGCACUGGCAAUAGGUGAAUGAUUAAAUAAAUAGCAUGGACCGUCCAACCACAUGCCGGGUAGGGAGACUAAUUCAAAUAUUUACCUAGUCGGAUAUUAUGCCUGAGUCUGACAGUCCAUCUAAUCAGGUAAUACUGUUGUCAACUUCGACUCGGGUCAAUGUCCACCAGUUUAUCUAUCUUUGGACACGAGAUGUUGUUAUUUUCAUAAAUGCAAGCCAGGGCUAUUGCAAUGCAGUAGGCUACUCACAAAUCUUGCAUUUAUUUCCUCUUGAGACAUGUCCAUUGUCCUCAUUAGGAGGAAGUAUAGGCCUAUUACCUGUUUAUCAGGAAUUUGUUGAUAGUCCUCCAUUGUCUGGAAUUUCCUUGAUGACUGACAAUCAGUGAAGGCCUAAAGAUGGGAUCACUUUCUGUGCCCUGUGAGUUCUACCAGAGACUUCAUGCCCACUGACACAGAGCAGUGGCCUCUUCAAUGCCACCCUCCAUCAUAGAAAAACUUUACCCUUGUCCGUCUCUCCCUCCUUCCAAUUGUUACAGAAAUAGGCCUACUGUAGUGAUAUUACUACUCACAUGUCUGCCCCCUGCCCAUCUCUCUCUCCCUCCUUCUCUUCCUUCUCUCUCUUUCUCUCUCCUCCUCUCUCCCUCCCCUCCAGCUAUGGCAUUGCUGGGAGCACCAAUGUGACCGGUGACCAGGUGAAGAAACUGGAUGUUCUGUCCAAUGACCUGGUCAUCAACAUGAUCAAGUCCUCUUUCACCUCCUGUGUCCUGGUGUCAGAGGAGAACGAGAGGGCCGUCAUUGUGGAGCCAGAGAAACAGGUAUGUGUGUGUGUGGCUCAGAUUGAAGUUGAGGUAUGUCUUGUGACAUCAAUGUGACAAUGUCCUUUUAUUUUUUACAGGGAAAAUAUAUUGUGUGCUUCGACCCACUGGAUGGCUCGUCAAACAUUGACUGUCUUGUAUCAAUUGGAACCAUUUUUGCCAUCUACAGAAAGGUUGGUAAUUAUUUUGUUGCUGGUGUUUUAUUAUUCCUCUACGGAAGUUGUUCAAACAAAAUACUAAGUCCGUUUGAACAAGUUAUUAUCUUGUUUGAAUGACUUAAUUGGUAUUUUGUCUAAUUAAGCAUAAUUUGUUAUGCAGCUUGUCAGACCGUGUAAUGGUUGCUGCAGCCAUCCAUUUGUAUUUAUUAUGGAUCCCCAUUAGCUUCUGCCAUGGCAGCAGCUACUCUUCCUGGGGUCCAGCAAAAUUAAGGCAGUUAUACAAUUUUAAAAACAUAAUACAUUCACAACAGAUUUCACAACACAUCACUGAUUCCAUGAUUAUUCAUUGACGGUUCUUUGAUAGCCUAAAGCAGGGCUGCUUCUGAAUGCCAGAACAUGUAAGUGGGCAAGUGUGGAGUGAGGAGCAGAGCGUAAAUCGAGCAGAUCCUGCUCCAAUUUCGCUGAGGUACUGCUCAACCACAAGGUCUGGGUAUGUUCUGCCUAGCAUUUUUCAUUUCCUUUAUCACUAUUCUUUUAAUUACAGUGACCCUAUCCACAGUAGCCUAUAUCAAGUUUAUAUUCUACUUUCUAACAUUCGGAUAUGUCGUUUCUAUUUUGAAGGACUUCAAAUGUAUAAACAGAUGUUUUAAGUAGGCAAUACAUAGGCGACUGUCAAAUGUAUUUGAGUUUUUCUUGGAAUAGAAUCACCAUAAUAUCAAUCAAUUUAAUUAAGCUAAAAUAUCAGAAAUAGAUUUACAUUGGAGUCAUUUAGCAGACGCUCUUAUCCAGAGCGACUUGCAAUCGUCUUAAGAUGGCUUCAACCACAUGUCAUAGUAUACAUUUUUCUCUCUCAAUAAAGUAACUAUCAGCAAAGUCAGAGCUAGUAAGAGGGAAAAGAGUCAAGUACGAGUGUUAGUUCACAAAAGGCUUUUUUUCGGGGGGGGUUGUCGUUUUUGACAGAGGGGUAGAGUGUUGGUUUCUUGAGGAGGGGAGCAACUGGGCCAUUUUGAAGUCAGAGGGGAUGCAGCCAGUGGUCAGGGAUGAGUUGAUGAGGGAUAUGAGGAAUAGAAGGUCUCCAGAGAUGGUCUGAAGGAGGGGAUGGGGUCAAGCGUGCAGGUUGUCGGGCAGCCGAACCUCACUAGUCAAAGGACUUCAUCUGGAGAGAGAAGGGAGAAAGAGGUCAAGGCGUAGGGUAGAUCUGUGUGAGUGAGACCGGUAGAUUCAAUAGGCUAAGUGAAUGAGGAGCGGCUGUCAUCAACCUUCUUUUCAAAGUGGGUGGAGGCUUAAGGAGGGAGGAGAAGGUGGAAAAUAGUUUCUUAGGGUUAGAGGCAGAAGCUUGACAUCUAGAGUGAUAGAAAGUGGCUUUAGCAGCGGAUACAGAGGAAGAGAAGGUAGAGAGGAGGGAAUGAAAGGAUGAUAGGUCUUCCGGAAGUUUAGUUUUCCUCAGCUGACCGCAGCCCUGUUCUUUAAGCUCGCAUUGAGUCACUCAGCCAAGGAGCAGGAGGGGAGAGCCGGCCGGGAGGAAAGGGGGCAGUGCGAGUCAUAGGAUGCGGAAUGGGAGGUUGGUAGGGUCGAAGAGGCAGAAUCAGAAGGGAGGGAUUUAGCAGAAGGGAGAGAUAAUAGGAUAGAAGAAGUGAGAAUAGUGGGAGAGAGCGAAGAUUGCGACGGCGCAUGAGAUUAGUAGGCGAACAGCCUCUAGUAAAGAUGAGGUCAAGUGUAUUGCCUGCCUUGUGAGUGGAAAGGGUGAGGUCAAAAGAGGCAAGGAGGGGAAAGAAAUGGAAAUAAAUUAAUCGAAGGCAGAUGUCAGGAGGUUGAAGUUGCCCAGUACGAAGAGCGGUGUGCAUCGUCAGGAAAUGAGCUUAUUAAGGUGUGAAGUCCCCUGUAGCUCAGUUGGUAGAGCAUGGCGCUUGCAACGCCAGGGUUGUGGGUUCGUUUCCCACGGGGGGCCAGUAUGAAAAUGUAUGCACUCACUAACUGUAAGUCGCUCUGGAUAAGAGCGUCUGCUAAAUGACUAAACAUUUUUUAAAAUGAAGCUCAUUGACAAACUCUCGAAGGGCACCUUGUGGGCGAUAGAUGACAACAAUGUUAAGCUUGAGUGGACAAGUGACCGUGACAGCAUGGAAUUCAAAUGAGGAGAUGGACAGGUAAGGGAGUAAAGAGAAAAUCUCCACUUAGGAGAAGUGAGCAGCACUGUGCCACCAUGGCAACGACCAGAUGCUCUCAGACUAUGAGAGAAAACAUAGGCAGGUGAAAAGAGAGCAGCUGGAGUAGCAGUGUCCUCUGGGGUGAUCCAGGUGUCCGUCAGGGCAGCAUAGGCUGAGAUGAACUCUGCGUUCUUGACCGCAGAUCGGCAGUUCCAAAUGCUGCUGGAGACCAGGAAUUCCACAUGGGUUGUGCAUGCCUGGUACACUAAAUUAGAAGGGUUGCAGCCAAGGGGUGGGGAGUGAACAUGGAUAGAAAACAUGCACAUAGUUGCCAAAGCUACAAAAGAGCAAAAUGAGAUCAGAAAAUAACUACGUAAGAUACUCAAGUGGAGCCUUCCUUUCCUUCCUCGAAUAACUCGGCAUAUGUCACCAAUUGCCAUUCCAAAAGGAAUCGUAUUUUUUUGUUGUUGUAGGGAAUUUUUUUGGACAUAUCUUUUACCUAAUGGUGGCGCUCUAAACAUGCUCAAAUUCCUGUAUGAACACAGCCAUUUUAAAAGCGUAGUGCUUGAACACAGCCUUUAUUUUCUGUCUUACAGGAAUGAUAUAGGUACAUAUGAGGAGAAAGCUGAAGUCGUAACCUUUUCACUGAUGUAAUCAGAUCUUGUCUGAUUUCGAGUUUGCCCACUAGAAGAUCACAUGACGUGACUUUGCCACUUGAAAGCAGAUGUGUCUGUCUGGUUUGAUCGGUUUUGAGUAGUACCUCACUUUGCGGAAAUAACACACACAUUAAAAUUGUUCCCAUUGGAAACGAGAGAGAGAUGCAUUCAAGGUAAUGUCAUAUUAAAUGUGUAUGGAAAAUAAAUGGAUUACAUUACGACGACCACCAGGGUGUACCCUUUCCAUGCAUACAACAUUUUUGUACUUUUGGUGACUUGAUAGUCAGUCUGAUUUGCGCCUAAUAUGUAUUAUUUUGUAUAUAUUUUCUGUAAACAGUUCACUAAAGUUUAUUGCACCGUACUGGCCGCCUACAAAACAAUUUGCACAAUAGACACUAAGAAAUAUCAAAACUGUUGAGAAAUACAGUUGCAUCGACACACGGGAGCAGUUCAAUGUAUUUUUCAAUUUUAGGCUUUUCAAAUAUUCCUUUCUAUUGUUUAUAUUAUGGCUAUAUUCCCAUUAAUAUCCCUUUUAUGUAAUUAAGCUUUUACGUGUCUUUUUAUUAUAAUAAUAAAAACAUGUUUAGAGCGCAUUUCCCACACUCAAUGCACAUGUGAAACUUGUUGUUGCCUGCUUCUGUGCGCAAAUCAUUUGGCUGCAGUUUGAGAUGAGUUAUUCCCUUUUAUUUAUGAAAAUAAGCUGAUACUGGCCUUUAUUAUUCAAGAUGAUUUAUGAUAUUUUAGUUUAAUUAUAUUGAUUUAUUUUAUGGUGUUUCUAUUCAAAGAAUAUUCAUUUUACAGUAGCCUAUGUAUUGCUUACCUAAAACAUCCAUUAAUACAUUUGAAGUCCUUCAAAAUAAACGACAUAUCCUAAUGUUAGAAAGUACAAUAUAAACUAUACAGAACAAAAAUAUAAACGCAACACAAAUACUAGGCAGAGCAUGCCCAGAGCUUGUGGCUGAGCAGUACCAGAGCGAAAUUGGAGCGGGAGAGAAGGCCAACACCAUUUUUUUUAAAGGCCUUUGCUACGGAUAUGGAGUUUUCAUCCAUGUCCGCCCCAGCCCACCCCUCCGGAAACCUAUUUCUUAAAGCUAAGGAUCCGGAUCACGUCCUACGCAUUUAUUUUAUGCAUACAUUUGUUUUUCUAACGUAGCCGCUGCUUACAUUCCCGCUCCCUUCACGUUUCGCUCUUUACUCACCCUAUUCUGAACUGUGAUGUAGCCUAUGUCUCUGCCUCAUAUUUCUGAAAAGCUGAAAUAAAAACCCAGCAGCGAUUUGAACGAACAUUCCAAAAGUAUUCACACCCCUUGACUUUUUCUACAUUUUGGUGUGUUACAACCUAAAUUUAAAAUAUUAAAUUGAGAUUUUGUGUCACAGGCCUACACACAGUACCCCAUAAUGUAAAAGUGGAAUUAUGUUUGUAGACAUUUUUACAAAUUAAUUAAAAUUGAAAGCUGAAAUGUCUUGCGUCAAAAAGUAUUCAAUUCCUUUGUUAUGGCAAGUCUAAAUAAGUUCAGGAGUAAACAUUUUCUUAGCACGGAACAUAAGUUGCAUGGACUCACUCUGUGUGCAAUAAUAGUGUUAACUUUAUUUUUGAAUGACUACCUCAUCACUGUACCCCACACAUACAAUUAUCUGUAAGGUCCCUCAGUCGAGCAGUGAAUUUCAAACACAGAUUCAACCACAGACCAGGGAGGUUUUCCAAUGCCUCACAAAGAAGGGCACCUAUUGCUAGAUAGAUAAAUAAAAAGUUAUGAAUUACUUUGGAUGGUGUAUCAAUACACCCAGUCAGUACAAAGAUACAGGCGUCCUUCCUAACUCAGUUGCCGGAGAGGAAGGAAACCGCUCAAGGAAACCGCUCGGGGAUUUCACCAUGAGGCCAAUGGUGACUUUAAAACAGUUACAGAGUUGAAUGGCUGUGAUAGGAGAACUGAGGAUGAAUCAACAACAUUGGAGUUACUCCACAACACUAACCUAAAUGACAGUGAAAAGAAGGAAGCCUGUACAGCAUAAAAAUAUUCCAAAACAUGCAUCCUGUUUGCAAUAAGGCACUAAAUUAAAACUGCUAAACAUUUGGCUAAGAAAUAAAUUAUGUCCUGAAUACAAAGCAUUAAGUUUGGGGCAAACGCAACACAUCACUGAGUACCACUCUUCAUAUUUUCAAGCAUGGUGGUGGCUGCAUCAUGUUAUGGGUAUGCUUGUCAUCGGCAAGGACUAGAGUUUAUUUUAGGAUAAAAAGAAACGGAAUAGAGUUAAGCACAGGCAAAAUCCUAGAGGAAAACCUGGUUCAGUCUGCUUUCUAACAGACACUGGGAGAAAAAUUAACCUUUCAGCAAUAACCUAAAACACAAGGCCCCAAGACGACAUUGAAUGUUCCUGAGUGGCCUAGUUAGAGUUGACUUAAAUUGGCUUGAAAAUCUAUGGCAAAACUGGAAAAUGGCUGUCUAGCAAUGAUCAACAACCAACUUGACCGAGCAUGAAGAAUAAAAAAAGAAUAAUAUGCAAAUAUUGUACAAUCCAGGUGUGCAAAGCUCUUAGACUUACCCAGAAAGACUCUCAGCUGUAAUCGCUGCCAAAGAUGAUUCUAACAUGUAUUGACUCAGGGGUGUGUAUCCUUAUGUAAAUGAGAUUUCUGUAUUUAAUUUUCAAUUUAGUACAUUUUGUGUCAAUUUAAUCAAUUUUGAAUUCUGGCUAUAACACAACAAUAUGUGGAAUAAGUCAAGGGGUAUGAAUACUUUCUGAAGGCACUGUAUAUUAUGAAGGCUACAACCUUCUCUGUCUGUUGUAACGGAUAUUGCAGUUGCACAAGCAGGACGCAGUCCCUACACUUUGGGCACAUUUUGUGUGAUGUAGGCUAAUCAUUAUAGUUGCUGCCGAAUCUUAGUUCUUGAUAAAAGAACACUACUUGACUGCAUGUCUGUCUCCUGUGCAGCUUAGCCAAUGUUUGUAAUGAAGAUGAAAAAAGAACAUUCAAUCACUAAUUAGACUGCGUGUCUGUGUCUUGCUGCAUUCCACCUCUGGGCAGCCGAACGUUCAUGUAUCCAGACCGGUAAAAGGAGUCUGACAAUGGGCGAGUUCAUUUUGCAUCACCUGAUGCUAUAGUUAUGCCAUAUACAGUGGGGAGAACAAGUAUUUGAUACACUGCCGAUUUUGCAGGUUUUCCUACUUACAAAGCAUGUAGAGGUCUGUAAUUUUUAUCAUAGGUACACUUCAACUGUGAGAGACGGAAUCUAAAACAAAAAUCCAGAAAAUCACAUUGUACAGAAACCUUUGUUUGCAAUUACAGAGAUCAUACGUUUCCUGUAGGUCUUGACCAGGUUUGCACACACUGCAGCAGGGAUUUUGGCCCACUCCUCCAUACAGACCUUCUCCAGAUCCUUCAGGUUUCGGGGCUGUCGCUGGGCAAUACGGACUUUCAGCUCCCUCCAAAGGUUUUCUAUUGGGUUCAGGUCUGGAGACUGGCUAGGCCACUCCAGGACCUUGAGAUGCUUCUUACGGAGCCACUCCUUAGUUGCUCUGGCUGUGUGUUUCGGGUCGUUGUCAUGCUGGAAGACCCAGCCACGACCCAUCUUCAAUGCUCUUACUGAGGGAAGGAGGUUGUUGGCCAAGAUCUCGCGAUACAUGGCCCCAUCCAUCCUCCCCUCAAUACGGUGCAGUCGUCCUGUCCCCUUUGCAGAAAAGCAUCCCCAAAGAAUGAUGUUUCCACCUCCAUGCUUCAUGGUUGGGAUGGUGUUCUUGGGGUUGUACUCAUCCUUCUUCUUCCUCCAAACACUCCGAGUGGAGUUUAGACCAAAAAGCUAUAUUUUUGUCUCAUCAGACCACAUGACCUUCUCCCAUUCCUCCUCUGGAUCAUCCAGAUGGUCAUUGGCAAACUUCAGACGGGCCUGGACAUGCGCUGGCUUGAGCAGGGGGACCUUGCGUGCGCUGCAGGAUUUUAAUCCAUGACGGCUUAGUGUGUUACUAAUGGUUUUCUUUGAGACUGUGGUCCCAGCUCUCUUCAGAUCCCUCACCUUCCUCAUGAUCAUUGAUGCCCCACGAGGUGAGAUCUUGCAUGGAACCCCAGACCGAGGGUGAUUGACCGUCAUCUUGAACUUCUUCCAUUUUCUAAUAAUUGCGCCAACAGUUGUUGCCUUCUCACCAAGCUGCUUGCUUAUUGUCCUGUAGCCCAUCCCAGCCUUGUGCAGGUCUACAAUUUUAUCCCUGAUGUCCUUACACAGCUCUCUGGUCUUGGCCAUUGUGGAGAGGUUGGAAUCUGUUUGAUUGAGUGUGUGGACAGGUGUCUUUUAUACAGGUAACGAGUUCAAACAGGUGCAGUUAAUACAGGUAAUGAGUGGAGAACAGGAGGGCUUCUUAAAGAAAAACUAACAGGUCUGUGAGAGCCGGAAUUCUUACUGGUUGGUAGGUGAUCAAAUACUUAUGCAAUAAAAUGCAAAUUAAUUACUUAAAAAUCAUACAAUGUGAUUUUCUGGAUUUUUGUUUUAGAUUCUGUCUCUCACAGUUGAAGUGUACCUAUGAUAAAAAUUACAGACCUCUACAUGCUUUGUAAGUAGGAAAACCUGCAAAAUCGGCAGUGUAUCAAAUACUUGUUCUCUCCACUGUAUACUCCCCUUUAUUACUUUUCAACCCCGCCAUCCUUUCCCUACUUCGGGUAAAUUAGUGAACAACAAUGCUUAGGCCUCUACUUCCAGCUUAUACGUACUAUCUACAUUUUAUGGACACAGUCAAUUUUACAAUAAUUCAAUUUUAUUUGUUUUUGCUCCUGAACUUCUUCUACUCUCAACCUCUCCGAUCAUUUUCAUGAUGUCCAUCCGGUUUGCUUCUAUAUGCCAUAUCUUUCUAACUGUGCUCUUUCCCAAAAGCUCCCAACAUACAACCUAUAUACUUAUUAUGGACACAGUAUGCUUACAUUAUUAGUUAUCUUGUUAUUAUUUAUUGUUAUUUGUUAUUAGUCCCAUCCUUCAACUCCAUUCAACACCUCCCAUCUAUCUGUUAACACCAUCCAUAUAGGAUUUCUAUUUGCCAUAUAUAUUUCAACUGUGAUGUUUUACAAAAGUUCUGAACCUUUCUAUUCUCAUUGCUUCUACAGAUUGUGAAUUAAAAAUAAACAUUUUUGCUAAAAGUAUUAUUAUAUUAUUGAUCGAUUGACUAUGACUUUUCAGAUCACCCAGUAAUGCUAUCUGCAAGGUUAGCCUUGACUUUUUUCAGAUUUUGUUACGUUACAGCCUUAUUCUAAAAUUGAUUAGAUUGAUGAGGAGGAAAAAAACAAUCUACACACAAUACCCCAUAAUGACAAAGCAAAACCAGGUUUUUUGAAAUGUUUGCUAAUUUAUAAAAUAAACAUAAAUUAACAUAAGUAUUCAGACCCUUUACUCAGUACUUUGUUGAAGCACCUUUGGCAGCGAUUACAGCAUUGAGUCUUCUUGGGUAUGAAGCUACAAGCUUGGCACAUCUGUAUUUGGGGAGUUUCUCCCAUUCUUCUCUGCAGAUCCUCUCAAGCUCUGUCAGGUUGGAUAGGGAGCGUUGCUGCACAGCUAUUUUCUGGUCUCUCCAGAGAUGUUGGAUCGGUUUCAAGUCCGGGCUCUGGCUUUGGCCACUCAAGGACAUUCAGAGACUUGUCCCGAAGCCACUCCUGCGUUGUCUUGGCUGUGUGCUUAGGGUUGUUGUCCUGUUGGAAGGUGAACCUUCGCCCCAGUCCGAGGUCCUGUGCGCUCUGGAGCAGGUUUUCAUCAAGCCGCUGAAAAACAUCCCCACAGCAUGAUGCUGCCACCACCAUGCUUCACCGUAGGAAUGGUGCCAGGUUUCCUCCAGACGUGACGCUUGGCAUUCAGGCCAAAGAGUUCAAUCUUGGUUUCAUCAGACCAGAGAAUAUUAUUUCUCAUGGUCUGAGAGUCUUUAGGUGCCUUUUGGCAAACUCAGAGCGGGCUGUCGUGCCACUCUACCAUAAAGGCCUGCUUGGUGGAGUGCUGCAGAGAUGGUUGUCCUUCUGGAAGGUUCUCCCAUCUCCACAGAGGAACUCUGGAGCUCUGUCAGAGGGACCAUCGGGUUCUUGGUCACCUCCCAAGGCCCUUGUCCCCCGAUUGCUCAGUUUGGCCGGGCGUCCAGCUCUAGGAGGAGUCUUGGUGGUUCCAAACUUCUUCCAUUUAAGAAUGAUGGAGGCCACUGUGUUCUUGGGGACCUUCAAUGCUGCAGAAAUAUUUUGCUACCCUUACCCAGAUCUGUGCCUCUACACAAUCCUGUCUCGGAGCUCUACGGACAAUUCCUUUGACCUCAUGGCUUGGUUUUUGCUCUGACAUGCACUGGCAACUGUGGGACCUUUAUAUAGGCAGGUGUGUGCCUUUCCAAAUCAUGUCCAAUCAAUUGAAUUUACCACAGGUGUACUCCAAUCAAGUUGUAGAAGCAUCUCAAGGAUGAUCAAUGGAAACAGGUUGCACCUGAGCUCAAUUUCGAGUCUCAUAGCAAAGGGUCUGAAUACUUAUGUAAAUAAGGUAUUUUUGUUUUUUAAUUUUAAUACAUUUGCAAAAACUUCUAAACCUGUUUUUGCUUUGUCAUUAUGUUUUUUUUUAAAUUUUUUUUAAUCCAUUUUAGAAUAAGGCUGUAAUGUAACAAAUGUGGAAAAAGUCAAGGGGUCUGAAUACUUUCCGAAGGCAUUCUAUAUUCUCUCUCGGAUGUUCCGUAACUGUUCCACACUUGUUUCAUUCUUAGACACUUUGUUUCAGUCUGUCACACCAGUGUGCCAGUUUCUACUGUAGUUAUGCUGAAAUAUGAACUUUACUGUUUCACUGUUCUUCUGUUAUUUUUGGUAAAAACUAUCCACAUGUUUGUCUCCCAGACAACAGAUGAUGAGCCCAAUGAGAAGGACGCGCUGCAGUCUGGACGUCACAUCGUUGCUGCCGGUUAUGCCCUCUACGGCAGCGCCACCAUGAUGGUGCUCUCCACAGGUCAAGGGGUCAACUGCUUCAUGCUCGACCCUGUAAGUUCCAUAUCAAACUUAGGGGUCAACUGCUUCAUGCUCAACCCUGUAAGUUCCAAAUCAAACUUAGGGGUCAACUGCUUCAUGCUCAACCCUGUAAGUUCCAAAUCAAACUUAGGGGUCAACUGCUUCAUGCUCAACCCUGUAAGUUCCAAAUCAAAUCAAACUUAGGGGUCAACUGCAUCAUGCUCAACCCUGUAAGUUCCAAAUCAAACUUUAAAAGUGCAUUUAAAAAUGGCAACGCACUACAGUAAAACUAUAAAUGGAAUAGAUAAACAAACAAGAAACGGCAAUAAAAUAGGUGAAUAAAAGAACAUAAACACAAACGUCUAAAUCCACUAAAGCCAAAGCAGAGACACAGGAGAGGUGCACUUCAUUGACUUAUAGUUAAUCCAUGAGGUGCUCUUCCAUCAUGGGAUGAAUUACUAUAGAACAAAAAUAAGUCGAUGCUGGAUAGUAAACAAAGCCUUUAUGCAAACAAACUUCCAGAAGUAAUCAAGGCACUCUCAUGUAGUGGAAAAAAAGUCAAUGAAGUUGCUGAGUCAGGUCCCUGUUCUGUUUGUUUAGUCGAUUGGGGAGUUUAUCCUGACAGAUAAGGACGUGAAGAUCAAGAAGAGGGGGAAGAUCUACAGUCUGAACGAAGGCUAUGCUCAGCACUUCUACCCAGACAUCACAGAAUACCUGAAGAAGAAGAAAUAUCCAGAGGUAAUUUACUAACUAAACACCUGAAAGGGCUUACACUGUAAUUCUGAACCACUUACUCUUUGGGUACUAUGAAGUGACUAAUGCAGUUAAUGAAAUAUGCCUGAUGUGGUUGUCUUACUUACUUUUAAAUGCACCUAUUGUAAGUCGCAUUGGAUAAGACCGUCAGCUAAAUGACUAAAAUGUGAAAUUACAUGUCUGUGACUGAAACUGUGACUACUUCAGUUAUUGAAUUAUUACUAACUGUAUAUUGCUUUUUGUUUCCAGGAUGGGAGUGUCCCCUAUGGUGGGCGUUAUGUUGGCUCCAUGGUGGCUGAUGUGCACAGGACUUUGGUGUACGGAGGAAUCUUCUUAUACCCUGCCAAUGUCAAGAGCCCCAAGGGCAAGGUGAGUGAGGCAGAACUCUUCAGUUCAUAUACAUUUUAUAUCUACUUAGAAUUUGUUAUAUAUUACCGUUCAAAAGUUUGGGGUCACUUAGAAAUGUCCUUGUUUUUGAAAGAAAAGCAAUUUUUUUGUCAAUUUUAAAAUAACAUCAAAUUGAUCAGAAAUACAGUGUAGACAUUGUUAAAUGUUGUAAAUGGCUAUUGUAGCUGGAAACGGCUGAUUUUUAAUGGAAUAUCUACAUAGGCGUACAGAGGCCCAUUAUCAGCAACCAUCAAUCCUGUGUUCCAUGUUGUUUGCUAAUCCAAGUUUAUCAUUUUGAAAGGCUAAUUGAUCAUUUUGAAAACCCUUUUGCAAUUAUGUUAGCACUGCUGAAAACUGUUGUGCUGAUUUAAAGAAGCAAUAAAACUGGCCUUCUUCGGACUAGUUGAGUAUCUGGAGCAUCAGCAAUUGUGGGUUCGAUUACAGGACAAAAUGGCCAGAAACAAAUAACUUUCUUCUGAAGCUCGUCAGUCUAUUCUUGUUCUGAGAAAUGAAGGCUAUUCCAUUCGAGAAAUUGCCAUGAAACUGAAGAUCUCGUACAACGCUGUGUACUACUCCCUUCACAGAACAGCGCAAACUGGCUCUAACCAGAAUAGAAAGAGGAGUGGGAGGCCCCGGUGCACAACUGAGCAAGAGGACAAAUACAUGAGUGUCUAAUUUGAGAAACAGAUGCCUCACAGGUCCUCAACUGGCAGCUUCAUUAAAUAGUACCCGCAAAACACCAGUCUCAACGUCAACAGUGAAGAGGCAACUCCGGGAUGCUGACCUUCUAGGCAGAGUUGCAAAGAAAAAGCCAUAUCUGACUAAAAAUAAAAUAUUAAGAUGGGCAGUCUGAGAUUCUAAUGAUCAAUUAGCCUUUUAAAAUGAUAAACUUGGAUAAGAAAACACAACGUGCCAUUGGAACACAGGACUGAUGGUUGCUGAUAAUGGGCCUCUGUACAUCUAUGUAGAUAUUCCAUUAAAAAUCAGCCGUUUCCAGCUACAAUAGCUAUUUACAACAUUAUCAAUGUCUACAUUGUAUUUCUGAUCAAUUUGAUGUUAUUUUAAUGGACCAAAAAAUGUGUAAGUGAUCCCAAACUGUUGAACAUGUAUGUAUGUUAGAAGUAACCAGAAGUAGAGUGCUGGCUGUGCCCAAACAAUCAAUGACAAAAGGUAGUAUGAACUAGACCAUUUCUCCAUAUAUUGAAGUGACUAACCAUCGUCUCUCUUCCACCCCAUCCUGUGUAGCUGAGGCUACUGUACGAGUGCAACCCCAUGUCUUUCAUCAUCGAGCAGGCUGGAGGCAUGGCCACCACGGGGGAGGUUAAUGUCCUGGACAUCCAGCCAGAGAACAUCCACCAGAGAGUCCCUGUGGUCCUGGGCUCCCCUGAAGACGUCCAGGAGUACAUCGCCAUCUACAAGAGGACACGC